AAUUCUGCACUUGCUUGAUCAAUAAACGGAAAACAAACCUAUUCCGCCUCUGCCGUCGUCUCCUCCGUUACCACCACCGCCGCCUCCUCCGUGCCGGUAAACCACCAGUUAACUGUCUUCAUUUUCUCCAGCAACAGGCAUAAACGAUGCCUCGAACAACCACAUUAGAAUCUCCUGGAUGUCCUCCACUUCGCGCCAUAACUUUCGAUGUUCUCGGUCUCAUCAAAGUUAGUGAAGCUCGGAGUAAGCAAGGAGGAGUUACUAAGGUUGUAGAGCGAUGGGGGGAACCGGACGCCUCUAGAUGUGUGCUCGCGGCUUCGAUUAAUGACCGUAAAGUUGAUCCUUUGUUAGCUGUUGCAAGGAAAAAUGGCGCGGUUGAGUUGCUUAGCCCUAUUAAUGGUGAUCUUCAAGUUUCAUUAGCUACCACCAACCAAACAGAUGUUCAGUCUCAAGAAGACAACAUAGUUGGAUUGCAUUUAUUCAAAAAACAGCAAUCUGAGUCAUCACCCAGUAGGUCAUGCACCUUUCUUACAUGCACUACAAAAGGGCUUACAACCGUGAGAUCUGUUACGAUUCCAAAAUCACUAGGGGAUUCCACUUGUGAUGAUACUCCAACAACAUGGAACGUGUGUGCUGCUGGUAAUGUCUUGUGCUGUAAAGUCGAUGAAAACGAAAACUACGCCUUAUUUGGAGGGAAGGGAGUAGAGGUUAAUAUCUGGGAUCUUGCAACACAUACGAAAAUCUGGACAGCUAAAUCACCUCCUAAAAACAGCCUUGGUAUAUUUACACCUACUUGGUUUACUUCAGCAACGUUUAUGAGCAAAGAUGAUCACCGCAAGUUUGCAGCAGGCACUAACAGUCAUGAGGUACGUUUGUAUGAUAUGUCUGCUCAAAGAAGACCUGUGAUGUCAUUUGAUUUUCGUGAGACGCCUAUUAAGGCGGUUACUGAAGACGUAGAUGGUAACACAAUAUACAUUGGCAAUGGAUCUGGUGAUCUUGCAUCUGUUGACAUACGCACAGGGAAACUAUUGGGAUGCUUUUUGGGAAAAUGCUCUGGAAGCAUCAGAUCGAUAACCAGACAUCCAGAUCUCCCAGUGAUAGCUUCUUGUGGACUUGACAGCUAUUUACGCAUCUGGGAUAUAAAAUCGAGGCAGUUACUCUCUGCGGUCUUUUUAAAGCAGCAUCUCACAAAAGUCGUCUUUGAUUCUAAUUUUGAAGAUGAUGAAGUUGCCGGUUCGGUAGCAACUAUGCCUCCAAGUGAACAAGAAAUUGAUGAUGAGCCCGUAGACAGAGAUGAAGAAUCACCGCCUGUUGUUAAAAAGAAAAAGAAGAGAUCAAAAUCCCGCUCUUUAGAUGAAAAUGAGGAGGUGGGAGUCUCAUCUAAACAUAAAAAGAGCAAAAAAUCACGGAAUUUAGACGGGGAAGAUGAAGAGUCACGCUCUGCUAAAAAGAAAAAGGCAAAAAAGUCGCAAAACGUGGAUGAAGAUGAAGAAGAAUUGAUCUCGGUUGAACAAGAAAAGUCCGAAAAGUCAAAGGUCAAAAGCAAGGAUGGAAAGUCAAAGAAGUCAAAGAAAUCUAAAGGUGAAAGCAUUGAUGUAUGAUGAUGGUAUACAAGUGAAAAAAAAUGAUGAGGGAUAAUCAACAGUUUUGAAGUAUCUAAUUCAACCAGGUUCUUAAAAGUGGUAGUGUGAGCAGUGUUUUAUGGAUGCUAAAGAAUUUUAUUUUUCUAAUUUCGUUGCUUUAUUUUUCAUAAUUUGUACAAGCCAUUUCUUAACUUAUGAGAAGAUAGGUUUUUAUGUA